AUGGCUCUUAAGCGCAUUAACAAGGAACUCACUGAUCUGGGCCGGGAUCCCCCGUCUUCUUGCUCCGCUGGUCCUGUCGGAGACGAUCUGUUCCACUGGCAAGCUACGAUCAUGGGUCCUGGUGACUCGCCAUACUCCGGAGGUGUCUUCUUCCUCACGAUUAACUUCCCUACCGACUACCCGUUCAAGCCUCCCAAGGUUCACUUCACCACCCGCAUCUAUCACCCCAACAUCAACUCGAACGGCAGUAUCUGUCUGGACAUCCUGAGGGACCAAUGGAGCCCCGCCCUCACCAUCUCGAAAGGUUCGUUACGACCCUCGACACGAAAGAACAUCUCCCCUUCAACGUCGUGCCAUGUCGAGAUGUAUCGUUCGUCGCUGACUCAUUUGCUUCUAGUACUGCUUUCGAUCUGCUCCAUGCUCACAGACCCCAACCCGGACGACCCUCUCGUGCCCGAGAUCGCCCAUGUCUACAAGACCGACCGCCCGCGGUACGAAGCGACGGCUCGUGAGUGGACUCGCAAGUACGCUAUCUGA